AUGUACCCGGACAGCUCCUACCACAAAUGGGACAACUCAGAGGAGGUGGAACUGACAGUGCAGGGAGAGAGCAGCGCACCUGGGAGAGGCGGUAAAGCUCUUUGCCUCUCCAGCUCCACCCAAGGGAAGGCCAUUGCGAUCCUGUAUGUCCUGCUAGUGAUUUGCAUUGCAGUGGUCACAGCUCUCAUUGUGGUGAACGUUGGGAAAUUGUCCCAGGGUCCUGCUGAAGCCCGGCUGGAUCGAGAUACAAUCAGAAGAGAUUCCAGGAUAAAUCUAUCAGAUCACCAGGACUAUCCAGAGAUAAGGAACCUAACGCACAGCAUGUCGAAGGAGCUGGCUGAGGUGAGAAGGGACCAUGACAGACUUCAGGAGGUCUUGAGCAGGGUGCAGGACGAGUUACGGAACAUCACAGAAGUCAUCUGCACAAAAUGUCCACCUGGCUGGCAGCAUUUUGAGAAAAAAUGUUACUUCAUUUCAACAUCGACUAAAUCCUGGUUGGAUGCUAAGCAGUUCUGUACCAAUGAAGGCUCUCACCUGGUUAUUGUUAACACCAAACAGGAACAGAUGUUUUUAUCAAACCACAUCACUGAGCCGAACGUGUACUGGCUGGGCCUCAGCGACUCAGCGAAGGAAGGGGAGUGGCACUGGCUGGAUGGCAGCCCCCUGUCUGUCAGGUUCUGGGGGCCCAGGGAACCCAACAAUGUUGGGCAUCAAGGGGAGGACUGUGGCAGCCUCCGCUUCGACGGGAAGUGGAACGAUGCCACCUGCUCCAUGACUGAGCACUGGAUCUGCGAACGGCAGUGCUAG